AGAACCACGACCAUCACCUCGCGACAAGACGUUGAAACCUCACCUCACUCACACAAACCUGCCACCAUCUGCCGCGUGUCUGUCAGAAAGGAUCACAUUUUCUUGAAAUUUGGAUAUCCCUCACGUAAUACUCCCACAGGCGUCACGCCCCACGCGCCUUUCUUCACACCAUGCCUAGAAAGCGCACUCGCGAUGAGAUGGAGGCCUCCGAGCCCGAGGAGAAGAACUCAGAGCCAGGACUGCUUAAGAGAAUAAGGAACAUGUGGGAAUUUGCGUCCGUCAUGCAGUACAUCUUCACAUUCGGUAAAGCAGUCAAGAUCGACGAGGACUUUGACAUUGAGGACUUUGAAAACGAGUGUUUGAAGCCCGGGUACUCCGAAAAGUUGGAAGAGAUUGGCCUCACCCUCCUCAAGUGGAUUUCAUCACACCGUGGUCUCGAUCUCAAUAUUUGGGAUGAAUAUACCCGACGUCAAUACCUUGCCAAAGCACCACAUCUCAACCCCUACGGUGACGAAGAAGAACCUAAGCGAUUUCGGGACUUUGACAUCUUCACAAAAAUCCGUGUUCUCCACCAAAUGACAGUAUGGACAUUUUGGAACCCUGAUCGCAUAAGAGAGCGGAUGCCUGAGCACCAACGUGAGGUGGAUCAGUUGGAAUGGCGUAUCGAGGAAUUUGGUUACGAUCGUGAUGACCGCCAGUACUACCUUCUUGACGACAACCGCUUCUAUCGCCGUACAGAACCUCCUCUACCAGCAGCACCAAAAGCAAAGCCUAAAGCCAAUUCAAAGAAAGCCAUUGCCGCCCGACGACGGCAAAGCAAACGAAGAAGGGUAGAGACGGACACACCAGAGUACGAGCAAGAGAACGAGGACAACGAUGACGAGAGCAAAAUGGUCGAUGAGAAGAACCUCGAAUCCUGGCAAGUUGACACAUAUGGAGGCUUCAAAUGGGAAUGUCUUGCCAUCACGCUCAGCGACUACCACGAACUAUGCGAGUUUUUCAAGAAAUCCAAAGACCCCAAUGAGAAACUGCUAUACGCACGCCUGUUGUCAGAUGUUCUUCCUAUUAUCGAAGAAUCCGAGGAGAAGCAGCGUCGAAAGAUUGAACGUCGCCAACGCGAACUUAUGUUGAUGGAGAAGAUGGUUGGUGCAAAGCGUUCAAGCCGACUGCAGGGCAAGCAAGAACGUGAACGACAAGAAGCAGAGCAAGCCGAAGCCGAACGAAAACAACAAGCUGAUCUGGCUGCAGCUCAUCGCGAGCAGGAGAGACAAGAGAAGAUGGAGGAAGAACGUCAAUAUCGGAUGAUGACCCGAGAGCAAAGAAUCAAAGACCGUGAAUACAAGCGAAUCCUUAAGGAGGAGGAGCUUGCACGGGAUGCUCUUGAGCAGCAGCGAAUUGAGGAAGGUCAAGUUAGAGGUUCUGGCCGACACCUCAAGGAGCGAAUCGAAAAGAACAAGAAGGAGUUGGAGGACCUCAAUGCCGAAGAGGAAUGGACGUUUGAUUGCUCUGGCUGUGGCAUAUAUGGCAAGAACUUGGAUGAUGGUUCCCAUAGCGUUGCUUGCGAUAGAUGCAACGUCUGGCAACAUAGCAAGUGCUUGGGCAUCUCUAAGUCAGCGGCGGAGAAAGACGAUUUUUAUUUCGUCUGCAAAGACUGUCGACAAAAGGAAGAGGACGCGAAGAAACCCAAGAUUUCGCUUAAGUUCCGAGUUGGCGCAUCCUCAUCACCCGCUCCACCCAGUCCAGCACUCCCAAAUGCACAGUCGCCGACUGCGACGAAAUUCGUUGGUGUCGAGAUCCCCAGACAGAAUUUUGGCCAACCUUCUGGUCAAGGUCCUGCUGCCAACGGCUUGCCACCACAACAGUCAUCAUCCUCACCUCCACCACCAAGCUCGCCGUACUAUCCACGACUUGUUCAAAACGACAGAUCCUAUCAUCUAAACUCGGGCGCUCUUGUUAGUGGACAUACUCAACCCCUUGCUCCGCAACAUGGACUGCACACAGCUGCUGGACAACAACCACCUACACGUCCUCAAAGUCAUCCGCAAAUGCUGCAGCCUGGCCAGGUCAACAUCAAUGGCGCUACUGACAGACCAUUAAUGCCACAUGGUCAACAAGCCCCUGCCUAUAACGGCGUACCAAAUCAAUAUCAACCUGUGCAAACCAGUCCUCGGCAAACAGUCCAAUCACCGUCGACUGGUCAACGUCUCCCGUCGCCAGUAUUCAAUCGACCUACCAUGUCACCCACUCAAGGGAACAUGGAUGUUGGUCCAGUGGCAGGAAUACUGCAGAAAUCACCGCCAAUGGAUCAGCCGGUCGUCAACGGAGCUUACGGAUCUUCCAACGGACACAUGCAACAAGGUCAUAACGGCGGCAAUCCUCACGCAACGCCUCGCGCUUCUGGACAACCUCGGUUCGCCCAGACUCCUACAACGCAACCCUUCUCUGGCCUCUCACCGAAGAAGCAGCGAACACCUGCCACUUUGCCCGCUCCGUCGAUGAUCCUGCAAAAUCCAAAUAGCAUGUCUCCACCAGUCGUACUUCCGCAACAGAGUCCGUCCGGCCCAGUUGAGAGGAGGACGGUUAGCGGUACACCUAUCCUGCCGCCUGUCGAAAACCUCAGACCAAGUCCCGAGCAGUUGAAGAACUCAAGCAGUACCGAACCCGUGCCUACGCCGAGCAAGCAGCCUCAGCCAGCGCCACAAUUAUAUGCUGGGCUGGAAAAUGGUCUCCAGAUUCAGAAUGUUCCUGAACAACCAAGUGCAGGACAAAACAACGCUCCCCAAAACCAGCCAGUGACAGCAAAGGUCGAGCCUACGAUAACAUGAGCAGCAUAAGCUGGAUUUGAUGAACGACGAGAACGAGAUGAAGUUGGCAUCACUUGGACGUGUAGAUAAGACGUAUUGAUACCUUUUGCGCUUGGACUGCUGGAGCAGAUCCAGUUCAAUCGAAAGGCUGGUUAUUGCUAUUGGUCCCUCGACAUGUUGGAAGAGAAGCAAUUGGUUCCUCGUCGUGUUGGACACGGUAUCUGAAUAGCUAGAACAGCACUCUUAAAACCAAUAGCCACAAUCAGAUGUCUGAAGUAUUAUCGCUGCAGGCUCUUGCCUCAUCGUCUUUUG